GUUCUAUGAUUAUUGGAUAUGUCUUGAGUGAUAUAGUUUUAGAAUUUGAGUGUCUUCCUACUGUAUUUGAAUCUCUUGUGUUAUUAUUAUUUUUAUUGCUGUGUGUUUAUUAUUCUUGGGAAUCAUUUUUCAGAAUAUAGACUGAAAUGGUUGGAGGAGUGAUUCAGCAGGUCCUACGGAGGAAACUUCAAUCUCAUGCUGCUGCCACUCCAGUUUUAUCUUUACUUAAUGCAAAGAAAUUUCAUGAAGAUGCUGGACCUGCUGGCAUGAAGUCCCUGAGAGCUUUUGCACUCCUUGGAGCUGGUAUUUCUGGGUUGCUAGGUUUUGCAACAGUUGCUUCUGCUGAUGAAGCUGAACAUGGACUAGCAGCUGCAAACUAUCCUUGGCCUCACUCAGGCAUCCUUAGUUCAUAUGACCAUGCUUCGAUUCGUCGUGGUCACCAGGUUUACCAACAAGUAUGCGCAUCCUGCCACUCUAUGUCUCUAAUAUCAUACCGUGAUUUGGUUGGUGUUGCAUAUACGGAAGAGGAGACAAAGGCCAUGGCUGCCGAGAUUGAGGUUGCUGAUGGGCCUAAUGAUGAGGGUGAGAUGUUCACCCGUCCUGGUAAACUCAGUGACCGUUUUCCUUCCCCAUAUGCAAAUGAAGCAGCUGCUAGGUUUGCCAAUGGAGGAGCCUAUCCUCCAGAUCUAAGUCUUAUCACUAAAGCUCGUCAUAAUGGGCAGAAUUAUGUCUUUGCCCUUCUAACUGGUUACCACGAUCCUCCAGCUGGUGUUGCGAUCCGAGAAGGGUUACACUAUAACCCUUACUUCCCUGGAGGAGCUAUUGCCAUGCCCAAAAUGCUUAUAGAUGGUGCUGUGGAGUAUGAAGAUGGUACCCCUGCAACAGAAGCUCAGAUGGGGAAGGAUGUAGUGACAUUUUUGUCAUGGGCAGCUGAACCAGAAAUGGAAGAGCGGAAGCUGAUGGGUUUUAAGUGGAUAUUUGUACUAUCACUGGCAUUACUUCAAGCUGCAUAUUAUCGGCGCUUGAGGUGGUCUGUACUCAAGUCCCGCAAGCUGGUCCUUGACGUUGUCAACUAGCUUCACUUCAGUUUCUCUCAUACCAUGUCUGUUGGGCAAGUUGCUUCAACAAUAAUUGCUUUAUCAGGUGAUCUAGUUCUUUGCCUUGACAAAUUAAUGGCUAAAUUGUCAAAAUGAGGUAAUGGGGUGACCUCAAGAGUUCUUUUUUUUGCAAAUUGGGGAAGAAAUAAGCUACUCCACCUGCAUUAUACAUUUGUUCUUGUUUGAGACCCGAAUUUUUGUCAAAAAGAGUUAUUUCAGAGUACCAUUUUGUUCCUGCAUGGAUUUUUGAACUUCUCAACUAAUAUAGUUUCACAAUCUCA